UUGCGGGGAAUCCCUAUAAAUAUCCCGUCAGCCACGGAAUUUCUUUCAUUUCCGCUUUAUCUUCGAUGCGAAGAACAACACUGAAAUCUUGAUAUUUGCCGGAUAAACAUGACAGAUCCUACUUAUUCCAAUCUUCAAGCUGUUCAGCUAGUGGAGGCCAACCAGAGGCCUACUGGUGUACAGUUAGUAAACACAGAAAGAACCAACAAACAUGCCGAUCCUAUGGACCUGGUAGCAUUAGCACAGACAAUUCAAAAGGCAGAUGAAAUGACAAAAGCCAGAGUAGGAAGUAAAUUAACAGUAAUAGCUGACCAGAUAAGAUACCUUCAGGAACAAGCUAAAAAGCAUUUAGAAGAUGCCAAAAGAGACAACAUCAUACAUCAUGCAGCCUGUAAUUUAGUUAAGCGACCUGGUACUAUGUACUACAUGUAUGAGAGAGAGUCAGGACAGAAAUAUAUGUCAAUAUUGUCACCGGAGGAGUGGGGAGCAAGUUGUCCACAUGAAUUUGUCGGAGCAUACAAACUGGAGUAUGAUUUAUCAUGGACACCGAUAGAAGAAGUGGCAGAAAAAAGUCAAGAAUUUGCACUUAUAGACAAAAUAUUAAAUGCACAAAACGCAAUCACUGACUCUUCAGAGUUUUCCCUUGGUCUCACAAAGAAAUCCUCAUCAGCAAGUUUAAAAGAAGUUACAAAUGAGAGUUCUUGAUAGUUGAAAUUUUUUAAUGUGAUAAUAUGCGGGUGUGAUUAUUUUAUUAUUUUAAUUGAUCAUUAUGUAUGUAAUAUUUAUUUUAUAAAUAUUUUAUUUAAAAUAAAAAGUGGAAAAUAAA